AUGGGCUUGUCAAAAUUAUACUUUCAAAGUAGGAGGAGGUAUCUUCAUCAACAGCUUGAUGAUGACGAUGAUGACGAUAGACAGCACUCUCAACACAGGAGACAUCAACAUCAACAGUUGGACGACGAUGAUGAUGAGGACAGACAGCUCGAAAGUAGACGAAGAUUGCAAAGCCUUAGCUUAAAGCUCAUCGAUGAUCGUGAUGAUGAUAGGCGGGAAGCACGUCUGAGGGAUAGAAAUGAAGAAGACAACGAAUCUCUGAGGGGUCCAGUACCGGUGCAUCCUGCUCCAGUACCGGUGCAUCCUCAUCCAAAUGACGGUAGCUCAAACCUAGAUUUACUUGCAAGAGAAUUAGAUCAAAUUGCCUCGAAAUAUAAAGGUCGUGGUGUUUUGAAAGUGUCUUACAGGCCAGCUGUAAUAAGUCAUGUUCCCGGAUCAAAAGUACAUAAUUUAGGCAGUUUGAAUUUCCAAUAUUAUCCUCCACAUGAAGCUAUUCCUGUUAGACCGGACGCGCCUAGACCUGUUAGUAUCAAUUCCGUGCCUAGAGCGGAGCCAAUCCCUGUUCAGAGACCUUUUGCUGUGUCUCUUCAUAAACUGCCCGGUUCAGUGAAACCUAGCCAAUUAGUAUCGAAACACAAUAAUGGAUAUGUCUUAUUGAGGGAACGCGAUCUGGACAGCGAUCGGACUGAUCUCCGGGACCGUGAUGAUGACGAUGACGAUGAUGAAUAUGACAGAAACUGAAUACCCUUCUAAUUUAAUGGAUAUUGUAUGGACAAUCGAAACGCCUCUUAGUUAAUGUUAAUAAAUCGCAAUUUACCUUGUGCAUAUGCCAAUAAAAUUUACUGCAGUAAA